CUCCUUUGUGAAUUCAUUGAUCCCCACAGAAUUCUCAACUCCCAUAAUCCAGAGGCUCUAUCAUGGAUCUUGACCGAAGCUCCCUUGCUAUUUACCGCUCCAUCUUUCCCGACGAUAGGAAAUUCCCAUAUACCAGGGAUCGUACUGGUCAAAUUAUGCGGCAUCGGAGUUCGCUUGACGGGUGUCUGUUCUUUGAUUAUGUUCUCAGGGAGAUAGCUCGUAUCGAGGAUGUUGACCGACUUUACCCACCAAAGAACGUUGUCGCCUUACGAACACUUGUCACCGUCAUCAUGGAGAAGGAAGAAUUAGAUAAACUGAAGAGAGACUCUUUCAUAUACUACCUCAAAAAGGAUUUCGAUCACGCACACCCUGACAAUGAUGACGCUGGAAGCUACGCUCAGAAGGCUCUGGUUCAGCCAAACUUUUGUAGUCUGAUGGAUGGUCUCUGGGCUUUGGAUAAUUUCCGGUUCGAGGAAGCUAUUAUGCGCUUGGCUGAGCCUGCCGUUACGCCCAUCAAUCCUCACAAGAUACUUUCUGCCCUCAUCCGUCAUGCUGGGCCUACACUGGGUCCAAGGCUUGCUACCACUUUCGUUCAAGCGACGCAGACAAAACUGAACACAGACGACUCAAUAAGGGAUUACUUCACCGCUCUCAGCGCUACCUCUAUUGAAUCAGCCUUUCUCUACCAACGAACAGUUCCGGAAUCUUUACAGCAUGAGCUGUUCACUAGUCUUAUCGAUCAUUGCCUCACAGUUCGCAAAGAGGCCAAUUCUUUAAAACUAAUCGGCUUGCCAUUCACCCCCAGAGAGCAACAGAUGUUUGAGGAUCACAUUCGCCACUCCAAUCUCCCGGCUGCACAGGAUACUUUGAUAAUUAAGCAUUUGCAUCAGGGGCAACUGGACGACGCUUUGGCGGCUGCGAAAUCUGCUCGCUAUCAGAAUGAGCCGGAGCUUGGAGGCCUCAAUUGGGCAAAUCUGGCCAGAGGGCUUUCCUUAGGCAUCGGUCCAAGAGUGACCAACGAAGAAACUGUUUAG